AUGUAUCAAACCUAUGGUGUCAUUGAUCCGGUCUCAAACACUCGCCUAGAUGUAUUAGGCAUGGAUGUUGGUUUGACUUGGUUUUCAAUGCAGGAAGCAGCUCAACUUAUCACUUUAUGUGGCUGUAAUAUCACUGAUCUCAAACUUAGUUUUAAAAGCUCGAUGGGUUUCUCUAAGAAUAUGUUGGAUGCUAUUGGAGAUCUUCAAUCUUUGAAGGUUCUCAUUCUGCUUGGCAGCAAGAUACGACGCACCCGCAACAACUCAAAAUCUAUUGAAGCUUUGCUCACUUCAACAACCAAAUGGGAAUCUUUAUCUAUUCAUUGUGUUGCUCUAGAUUCUUUAGACCUGUGGCCUGGUUCUUCGCCAAACUUGUCACAUCUUUGGCUUGCUACUUAUCCUGAAAAUCAAGCAGCUUUAACCCGCUUUUGUAAGGAUGUAGCCAUGGAUGUGAAAAUAUUUGAAUGCCUCUCACCUGAGAACCAAGAAGACAUUGCACCAAUGAUUGUUUCAUUACGGAACUCAAUUGAAAUUCUUUUCUUGGAGUGUAUCCCAGACAAUCUACCCGGUGAUUUGUGCGCAAUGUACUUCCUUAAACUUACUGUCUUUCAAAGCAUUGGGUCAGGUAUUAUCCUCUCAAACCUAUCUUGGUUACAAUGGCCGGUUUUUGUCUUGUUGGAAGUGUUCAUUACAAGUUGUUCACAUUCAAAAAAGGACUGGCUCAAGAUGUUGACUUGCCCUGUUUGGGCUGGGGUUAUUUUACCAAAAAACUUCAAAUGGAUCAUCUACACCUCCUGGAAAGGCCAAUCUAUGUGCAAUGAUGAAUUGGUCCAUGCUUUCUUAGCUUAUGAUAUUAAGUGCCUCUUCAGGCCCAAAUUGACUCACAGAGAUAUGUUGGAAUCUCUGGAAUGA